AUGUGCAUGAGGCGGGCGACGGCGCAGAAGAGACACAUGUACACAACACGAUGCGGCUUCACUUCCUACAUUACACUUCCUGUCAUUUGCUCAGAAAGCGUGAGAAAUGGAGAGCCGCAGGGACAACAAAGAGUGUCUGUCAGCAGAACGGGAGCAGCUGGAAACCCCUCCAGGAUCCCGCAGUCUCCCGGAAACCUGCUCCGAAACACACAGUCGCGUUUAACGCGCGUGCAGCUCAGCGUGCAGCUUUACCGGCACGGGAUCUCUCCGCGCCAUUUCCUCGUGCCGAGCCCUGGGAUGUCGAGUAGCGGCUCGGGCUCGUCCUCGCGGAAGGAGUUCGAUGUGAAGCAGAUCCUCAGGAUCCGAUGGAGGUGGUUCGGUCACCCCGCGGUCCCUCCGCCUCACUCCCCGCCGCUAGGAGACUACUUUGCCGGGAGGAGAACGGGCGGCAGCUCCGGAGACGGACCCUCAGUUAGCGGCGGCGGCAGCAACUCAAAUUCAGGAAGCGUAAACCUCGGCGCCGGGGGUCACGGCGGUUUGGUGGCCAGCGGCAGCGCCGGGUCUAACCUGUGCAGCAGCAGCAGCAGCAGCAGCAGCAGAAAGUUUGCUGAUCCAGCGGGGAGUCGGAGCGGUCCGGGAGGUGCGCCCUUUGGAGCCACGGGCAGCUCCUGUCCACGCUCCUUCAGUCAGCCAGAGUGCAGAAGCUCCGCCGCGGCGCUGUCGUGGAACUCCCCGCCGCCUCAUCGACGCGCUCGCCCGGUAACGAGCAUGGAGCCCCACGGAGAGGCCCCGGUGCCCCAGCUGGUACCGGAGCCCUCCGCUCACGUUGGGGUUGAGGAGGAGGCGACGGCGGCUGGAGGAGGAGGAGGAGAGGAGCGAGCAGGAGCAGGAGCAGGCACCGAAGACGGCAACCACCCCGAAACGGACUCCAGCUCCUGCAGGACGUCUAACAGCAGCGCGACGCUCUCGUCGUGCGUGUCGAUGGAGCCGUGCGCAUGUCCGGAGGAGUGCCUGUUCACAGCCCUGUCCCACGCCGAUGUCACCUUCCGCAAGAUGGAGGGCUACCUGAAGACCAGGCAGCUCUGUGACGUCAUCCUGGUGGCCGGAGAGAGACGGAUACCAGCGCACAGGCUGGUCCUCUCGUCCGUGUCGGACUACUUCGCGGCCAUGUUCACCAGUGAUGUGCGGGAGGCCAAGCAGGACGAGGUGAAGAUGGAAGGAGUGGACCCUGAUGCGUUGUGGGUCCUAGUGCAAUAUGCGUACACAGGCCGUCUUGAGUUGAGGGAGGACACCAUCGAGUCCCUGUUGUCGGCCUCCUGCCUGCUGCAGUUGUCGUCGGUGGUCCAGGCCUGCUGCUCCUUCCUCAUGAAGCAGCUCCAUCCCUCCAACUGUCUGGGCAUCCGCUCCUACGCUGACGCUCAGGGCUGCCACGACCUGCAGAGGGCCGCUCACUCUUACACCAUGGAACACUUUCUGGAGGUGGUCGGAGGGCAGGAGUUCCUCUUACUCCCGGUGGAGGAGAUGGAAAGGCUUCUCACGUCCGACGACGUCAACGUGCCGGACGAGGAAACCGUGGUGACCUCGCUGCUAACCUGGGUCCGUCACGAUGCCGCCACUCGGCAGCGCCACCUACCUCUGCUGCUGGCUCACGUCAGACUUCCUCUGCUGCAGCCACAGUUCUUGGCAGACCUGGAGUCCAACCCUCUCCUCCGUGACAGUGUCGAGUGUCAGCGGCUCCUGAUGGAGGGGAUGAAGUAUCACCUCCUGCCCCAGCGCCGGCCCUUGCUGCAGAGUCCGCGCACCAGACCCCGCAAGGCCACCGUAGGGGCCAUGUUUGCAGUCGGGGGCAUGGAUGCUACAAAAGGUGCGACGAGCAUCGAGCAGUACUGCCUGCGUCGGGACACGUGGAGGCAGGUCGCCACCAUGAGUGGGCGGAGACUACAGUUUGGUGUAGCCGUCCUUGACGGUCGCCUCUAUGUGGUCGGAGGCCGAGACGGACUCAAGACCCUCAACACUGUGGAGUGCUACAACCCGCACAGCAAAACCUGGAGCGUCAUGCCCCCCAUGUCCACACACAGACACGGCCUGGGUGUGGCGGUCCUCGAGGGGCCCAUGUACGCUGUGGGAGGACACGAUGGCUGGAGCUACCUCAGUACAGUGGAAAGGUGGGACCCCCAGGCUCGCCAGUGGAGCUUUGUUGCCAGCAUGGCUACGCCCAGAAGCACAGUGGGAGUGGCUGUUCUGAAUGGAAAGCUGUAUGCAGUCGGAGGUCGUGACGGCUCAUCGUGUCUGCGCUCAGUGGAGUGUUUCGACCCCCACACCAACAGGUGGAAUGGUUGCGCUCCUAUGGCUAAGAGGCGUGGCGGCGUGGGCGUGGCCACAUGGCACGGCUUCCUGUACGCCAUCGGGGGUCACGAUGCCCCGGCCUCAUCUCUAGCGUCUCGUUUAAGUGACUGUGUAGAAAGGUAUGACCCUCAGACAGAUGUGUGGACAGCUGUAGCCCCCAUGAGCAUCAGCAGAGAUGCCGUUGGCGUGUGUCUCCUUGGUGACCGCCUCUACGCUGUGGGCGGGUACGACGGGCAGGUGUAUCUCAGCACUGUGGAAGCUUACGACCCCCAGACGAAUGAGUGGACACAGGUAGCUCCUCUGUGUCUGGGCAGGGCAGGUGCGUGCGUUGUGGCCGUCAGACUGUGAAACUGUAAACAUUUUAAUGGAUGGACUGUGCACGACGCAGCUGAGAGACCCUCCUCCAUGACAUUGAAGGGACGCCAAGUGACUCGUCUACCUACAGCAGGAAACAAAGGACCGGUUUCUGGACACACUUCAGGUUUUGCUCUUCAGCAAAGUCCCUCUCCUCCGUGCUCCCUAAUCACCGUGAUUUUAAGGAAGAUGGUUAAGGCACACGUCUGGUGUCGGUUUCAAGAACUGCCCAAUUAGCAGCGAUGGAGCUUGCGGCGUUUAUCUGAGCAUGACGGCACAGCUGUCUCGCAGGUAUUUUGUUCCCGUAGACAAGGUGGCACACACACACUCACACACACUCACUCUCACACAUAAACCCACACGGCUGCUUAGCUUCUGUUUCUGCUGACGAAAAGGUGACAAACGGAAAUUGCCAAGGCUGCCUCAUCACUUCAUACCUGAUCUGAUAGCAUUGUACCGAUGCUAUUUUAAUACGUUGCCCAUUAUUUUUUUUACGCUGCAGCUGGAAAGCUCUCCACCGCCGACACACAAAAGAAAGACUUUUGACAUAAUCGGCACAGCCUCACGAACAUGUUUUUUUGUGAAGCGCUUCAUUGUUUUGCAGUGAAAACCACAUCACGUUCUAAUAUGUCUGUGCGUGCGUCUUCCUCGUUACAUCAGCUCACAUCUGAGGCUUCUGCAUACCGCGGUAUGCAAACGUAUUGUGGCUUUUUAACAAGCGGCACCGGAAGAUUAUGCAACUUGUUUUUUUUUGUUUUUUUUUUUCAUCUGUUUUUUUUCUUCUGCUUUUCUCCAUAAUUGAGAUUCAUUAAGCUGCGUUUGUAGGUUUACAAACCAGAGUAAUGGUAAUAAUAUUAAUGCUGACACUGUGGCCCUUUGUUGAUCCCUGCAGGGAAAUUUUGUUUCCAAUUUCCUCCGGAGCACAAGGUCGCCCGUUUACCAGCCUGGUUUCGCGGUCAGUCGAGCUUUUCUGUCUCUCUGCUACCUUAUUUUCCUCCACUAUAGAUGCCGCGUCAUUGUGUGUGUGUGUGUGUGUGUACACAUGUUGGGUGUUCAGAGAUUGCAAGGAGUAUAUUUUUAUCUCAAAUGAGAAUCCCCCCCCUCCACCACCACCACCACCAUCCACCUCCACCAUCUCCUCCUCCUUCCACUCUCUACGUCUUUUAUUCCCUGCUGCUUUCUCUUCAUUCCCAUUUUCCCUUUUCAUCAUCGCACACACACACAGGCGCGUGCGUGCGCACACAUACACGCACCCUAGUUUCAGAGCAGAGCUGGAUACUCAGACAAAAAUUAACAACAGAACGUACAAUAAUGAGACCGUGAAUUUAAUAACGUUGUUUGAUGUGGAGUUCAAAGCGUUAUUGGAUCCGAUGCUGCUGUAGACAAAGUGUCAGACGGAAGGGGAAGGUGAAUCGUGUGAAAUGAACUCAUGUGUUCAUACUUUGAGUAAACUUACAUGACAAGAGGCUUCAAGAACGCAGAGUCACGGUCGUUUGGGACAAUACUCACAUUCUCUAUUAAUGUUAGGGUAGAUUAGGGUAGUGGCUGUGGUCUGGCACUAAACUGAGACAGCUGAGGUUAGAUUAAGGGCCUAUGUGUUAUGUCAGUGAGUGUCCUAACAGAAAGAAAAAGCCGUACAAACGUUUGUGUUUAUGUGUAGCCUUAAAGAGGAAAAGCAGGGAGGAAAACCUCCCUGACAGCGAGAGGCAAAGCAGGCAUCCUGUCUGAACUGACAGAUCUGGAGCUAAUGUAGCCCCCAGGAUGCUCUGUACAAACAACACGCGGACAUAUCGCACACACGUGUAACAAAGACGCACUUAAUCACACAGCUGAAAGCCAAGCGCCCCGGGAGCCAGUGGAAACUGAAAAGCUGCCCAAAAAUGUGCCGGCGUGAUAUCAGAUAAAAACAGGGACGGGCGGCCUCUCGGUUCACUGCGGUCGAGCUGAUGUUUAUUUGAGCCUGACACGCUGCUGCCGCUGCUGCAUUAUUCUAUUUUCUCCACCUUAAAACCUUCCCACUCCUUAUUCUCUUUAUAUCACAGAGGAGCUUGCUCUGGAGGUUGCAGGCCGGUUAUUGUGAGGCGUCUUGAGACAAUUUGUAUUGUUAUCGGCGCUAUAUAAAUAAAAUUGAAGAAGAAGAAGAAGAAGAAGAAGAAGUGUGCCAACUCCAUGUAAUGAAGUGUGAUUUCAGGCAGAGCUAAAAAUAAAUAUAUAAAUAAGUAAAUAAAAAAAAGACAUUCCAAAUCAAACUACAUUAUGUAUAUAUUAUGUACAUAUGAAUAAAUAUAAAAUCUGUAUGCAGCCUUAUUGCCAUUAUACUGUGUAUCAUACAGUUCCUACUAAAUAUUCAGUGCCAUGUGUUACUGUGUGCUAUUGUUUUUUUUUUUUUGUACCAUGAAUUCAGAUGAUGAAGAGGUGUAAUAAAGACGACAGUUGGUGGGGAACAGCACAGCUGCUCAUCCUCUCUUUUUCUACCGAUGUUCGUCUUUUACUAAAUAAUAUACGUACAUUAUCCCCUGCUGUAAUAUCCUGUUAUUGGUCUUUUUUAUACAUUAAAGUCAACAUGUGAUUUAA